CUUCGACGUCGCGACGCCGCGCCAUUUUCCCGCGCACGUGGGCGAGGACGGUUAAGCGAGGGCGCCCGGCUCCGCCGCCAUUAACUCGGCCGUCGUGAAUGAACGCCGACCUCGACCGGGUGGAUAUCGUCCAUUGAUAGGGCGCGCUGCGGUCGGCGUCGCGCGCGACUCGCACGGGGGCGACGCGCCGCGCUCGCUCAGUCGAGCGCGCGGAGCCGCCGGCGCGACGGCACCACGUGCAACCUCUGUGUUCAUUUACCGGUAGACCGUAGUGAUGUCGGUGUGAUUACCCGUAGUUUCCUAUGUAUACGUAACGAGCUGUGAUCGUGUCAAUUUGUAAGCGAGCGUGUGUCGGGUGUGCGGUGGCGACGGUGUGUGGUGGUGCGAGGACGACGGGGAUGCGCUCGUGCGAUGCUCUCGGUGAUCGCGAUGCGUCGGCCGGAGGACGAGGAGCUGGGGCGGGGCGACGGCGACGAGUUCAUGGACAUCUCGCAGAUGCAGCUGCUGGUGGAGGCGGGCCCGAGCGGGCUGGGCGGGCUGGGCGGUCUGGGCGCGCUGGGCGGCCUGCACUAUGGGGGCCCGCUGCCGCCGCACCACGCCGCACCCGUCACGCAGACCGCCACCUCCAGCACGGCGACCGUCGACGACCUAUUCGCGCUCUACCUCACGCCGACCACUCACGGUACUUUGCCAGGCGAUGAGCUAUCUCUGGGCUGCUCGCCCCGACGACACAAGCACGAGGCGUCCCUUUCCCCGGGCGCCAGAGCAGAGGACGCGAGCAAUGCAUCGAGCGCGAGUGCAUCGCUCUACGGCCCUCCCAUGGGAGGCAAACGCGCGCCUUCGCCACCCCUGCAGUGGCUCCUGCCGUCCGGACCCGGGCCGGGCAGCGUCGACAAAUACUUUCAACAGGAGUACGAGGAGCGAGUCGAACUCCUUCCGCCCGACUGUCAGCCCGCGUACUGCCCUCAGCCGCAGCAGUGUCCGCCUCAACAUUGCGAAUAUCGGCCUCCCCCCCAGCAGCAGCAGCAGCAGCACACGUGGGAGACGCAGGAGUACGCGGCCGCGCCGCAGCCCGCGCCGGGGCCGUCCGGUUUACCAAAGCGAGAGCCGUACCUGAGUCCGGUGGGAGACCGACCGAUACAGUUGGCAGAAUACAACCCGUCCACGAGCAAGGGCCACGAGAUCCUCUCGCAGGUUUAUCAGCAGAGCGCCCAGCCUCUCCGUUUGGUGGCAGUAAAGCCCCGGAAAUACCCGAAUCGCCCGAGCAAAACGCCGGUGCACGAGCGGCCCUACGCCUGCCCCGUCGACGGCUGCGAUCGGAGGUUCUCGCGAUCGGACGAGCUGACGAGGCAUAUACGCAUUCACACGGGCCAGAAGCCUUUUCAGUGUCGUAUUUGUAUGCGAUCGUUCAGUAGAUCGGACCAUCUGACGACACACGUAAGAACGCACACCGGCGAGAAGCCCUUCGCGUGCGACGUGUGCGGACGCAAGUUCGCUAGGUCGGACGAGAAAAAAAGGCACGCGAAGGUUCACCUGAAACAACGACUAAAGAGGGAGAGGGGGGGAGGAGGACCGACGCAUCAUCACGAGGGUCACUCGCACGCGUCGCUCUAGCCCGCAGCCGCCGCCGCCGCCGCCGAGCCGGCCAGCGGCCACGCGCCCUCGCCCGACCGGGAACACUCGGCGCCAGCCGCUGACUCCCCGUCAUCCGUGGACGAUUGAACUCUCCAGUUAAAAGUUGUUUCACGUCGAAAUUAUUAAAUAAUUUCUUCGCUAAGUGUAAAUGAAUUGUCUUUAAUGAAGCUUUAUUAACUCUGUAAUUAUGAAUUCAUUGAAAUUUAUAUAUCUUUUUAUACAUAUUUGUAACUAUGUACUACGAUACGAGAUCGUCAACUCGAUGUAUUUAUUUUAAUUAGAUAGAGUAAUGCAAUGAAUUAGACUGGGAACAAAAUAUAUUGAUACGAAAAUAAAUGGCCUAACCUAAUGUAUCUCAUGGGCGUCAACAACCGGAACCUUGCGCCUUGUGUCAAUCGGGAAGCGAUGUCGGACGGAUCGCUCGGUAGACGUGGAGCUGAAACAUAUCUCUCUAUCUGGAGUUAGUAUUGUAGAUAAGCAUUAAAGUUGACUCGCGCAUUGUUAUUGGCCGACCGGUCAAAUUGAUGUGGAUACAUUAUUGUAUUGUUAAAGAGUGAUACGUAAUGGGCCUAUUUACAGGCGGGUAAUUAGAGUCCGACGAACAUUUGUUAUAGUUACAAGCUUGUAUAUUAGAUAGGUAUCAUUUACAUAACAAAAUUUAUCCUCUCUCUGCGUUUCGCGACAAACGAUUCGACCCUAACACACCUCGUGUAAUAAAAUUGUAGCGGAUAUGAUUUGUAGAUAGGUAGGUAUGUUUAAAUGUUCUUGUAAUACUUGACAAACUAACGUGAAACUGUGCCAUUAAUUUAACUUUACCACGUGCCACGGCCAUUUUAUUUAAUACUAAGUAUAACACGACUGCUGAUUUAGUGAUAAUUGUUGUAGUAAUGAAUAUUAAUAUUUUGUUUUAAUAUUUCUAGUCGAAGAUGUGAGUGCGGUAAACUCGACUACAGUCUUUUCUAAUUCUUCACUAGACCUUUGAUUUUCGACAGCUUUUGUCUUAACUUUAUCUUGCUCAAACGUUUUAACAAAUUUUGCUCAACUGUUUGGUUUACAUAGCUGUAUAGCAUGUUUAACGAACUAUAUUUUAUAUAUCUCUUUCCGGUCUAUCAAGGUACAAAGAUCUAUUUUGACGCACUUGUUGUCUCUCACUUCUAGAGCUUUCUCAGGUAUUUAUUUUACACUAUAGAAUAAUCUAGAAAAGUAAUAGCUUGUAGGUAUUAAAUUAUGAUCUCUUAAUCAUUAUUAAUAAAUUUGGAGUAUAGCGAA